GCCUCUCCCUGCUGCGGAGUGCGGAAGUAGAGGCUGUGGGUUCAGGGUUCCGCCUGUGGACGCUUUGCAAGAUCCAGACACACAGACUGUUAUCCAUCAGAAACAUUCACCCUCUGUAGUUAUCACAGCCGAGACAUGGCAGGACGGCUACCGGCGUGCGUGGUGGACUGCGGCACAGGGUACACUAAGCUGGGUUAUGCAGGAAACACAGAGCCCCAGUUCAUUGUUCCUUCAUGUAUUGCCAUCAAAGAGUCGGCCAAAGUGGGCGACCAGGCACAGCGGAGGAUGAUGAAGGGUGUGGACGACUUGGACUUCUUCAUUGGAGACGAGGCCAUAGACAAGCCCACAUACUCCACCAAGUGGCCCAUCCGUCACGGUAUUGUCGAGGACUGGGACCUGAUGGAGCGCUUCAUGGAGCAGGUCAUCUUCAAAUACCUCAGGGCGGAGCCAGAGGACCACUACUUCCUGCUGACUGAACCUCCGCUGAACACACCGGAGAACCGAGAGUACACGGCUGAGAUCAUGUUUGAGUCCUUCAACGUGCCCGGCCUCUACAUCGCCGUGCAGGCUGUGCUUGCCCUAGCCGCCUCCUGGACCUCCAGGCAGGUGGGAGAGAGGACCCUCACCGGCACCGUCAUUGACAGUGGGGACGGAGUCACCCACGUUAUCCCAGUGGCGGAGGGCUAUGUCAUUGGCAGCUGUAUAAAGCACAUUCCCAUCGCAGGACGUGACAUCACCUACUUCACCCAGCAGCUCCUGAGGGAGCGGGAGGUGGGCAUCCCCCCCGAGCAGUCACUGGAGACCGCCAAAGCUGUCAAGGAGCGCUACAGCUACGUGUGUCCAGACCUGGUGAAAGAGUUCAACAAGUACGACACGGACGGCUCUAAGUGGAUCAAGCAGUACACGGGCAUCAACGCCAUCAGCAAGAAGGAGUUCACCAUCGACGUGGGCUACGAGCGCUUCCUGGGGCCCGAGAUCUUCUUCCACCCUGAGUUCGCAAACCCUGACUUCACCCAGCCCAUCUCUGAGGUGGUGGACGAGGUCAUCCAGAACUGCCCCAUAGACGUGCGACGCCCUCUCUAUAAGAACAUCGUCCUGUCCGGGGGCUCCACCAUGUUCCGGGACUUUGGCCGGCGGAUGCAGCGAGACCUGAAGAGGACGGUGGACGCGCGCCUCAAGAUGAGCGAGGAGCUCAGCGGCGGCAAGCUGAAGCCCAAACCAAUCGAUGUCCAGGUCAUCACUCAUCAUAUGCAGAGAUACGCUGUGUGGUUCGGUGGAUCAAUGUUAGCAUCAACGCCCGAGUUCUACCAGGUCUGCCACACCAAGAAGGACUACGAGGAGAUCGGGCCAAGUAUCUGUCGCCACAACCCUGUGUUCGGAGUCAUGUCCUAACUGUGCUCCUCGAGAGACUUAGCGGUCCUUGGGCUGGGUGGAGAGGGUGGGACUGUGGGCGUGGCUGUUUGCGGAGCUAUGGCGGCUAAGGAAGGGGAUUGGAUUGGGCGCGUUGGGUCAUGGUGUGACAGACAGGCUUGAUAGGUCAGGGAGGGUGGUGUGUUUGCGCAUUUUGUAUUAUUAUUGUUUUUAUUGCUUGUUCUGUUCUGGAUGAAAAUAAAUAAAUAGAAAGGGGCCAAUCCAGAUUAUUAAAAGGAAAGUGAAACUAUACCAUAUUAAAAAAUAUGUAUUGUGAA